CAGCAAGUGUGGCAAUAACACCUACCCUGGUCUCCACCUGCUGCUGCCCCUUCCUUAGAUUUGAAUCAUCCCUGUUCAAACUCUGCCCCAUCUUUGUGAUGUCUGAUACAUUUAGCAGUAAUAGUCCUUCAUAUUUUUACAGGCAGGAAAAGGAAAUAAUUGUUCCCAUCGAGGACCAAGAUUCCUACACUAAUUAAACCUGAACAAGCUGUGACAAGUGGAAAGACAGCUUGCCCAGGUGUCACUCGUGUUCUAAUAUUAGGAAGACAAUGAAACCCCUUGAAUUGACAAGAAAUUGAAAGAAGUAGAAGCCUAUUAAAUUAAGUGACACUGUAAACAAGAAGUGGGCAACAUUAUCUCCUGCAAAGUCCUAGGCCAUCCUAAAUGGAGAAAUAAAGUCACCUCCUGCUUCAGUAUCAAAAGUUCAACCCCUGCCUCUGGUCAACCCGUGAUACCCACUUUCUAAAUUUUCAAACAGAGUUUGAGAGAUUGAAUUGAAAAUGUCUAGCAAAACAACUAUCACAACAAACAAUAUAACUCAAGCACGAAGGACUGUACAGCAGUUAAGAAUAGAAGCUUCCAUUGAAAGAAUAAAGGUGUCCAAAGCAUCAGCAGAUCUCAUGUGCUAUUGUGAAGAACAUGCCAAGAAAGACCCUUUACUAAUGGGCAUACCUGCUUCUGAAAACCCUUUCAAGGAUAAAAAAACAUGUAUUAUAUUAUAGCAGAGUAGUAAGUACCUUCAUAGCUUUUCUAAGCAAAAUAAGCUACAAGCAAAUUCUUAGAAAAAUUAUCUUAUGGUCACUGCUGGUGUCAACUGUUGUAAAACAGCCAUGUAUUUACCAUGUGUGUAAAUGAAUUUUUAAGCUUUCUAAUUUUUUUCCUGAUGGCAUCCUGAGUGGGGAGGAAGAUAAUAAAUUAAAUGUAUCCAUCCUAUAAAUGGAAUGGGAUCUGUGUUAUGCAGCUGGUAAGUCUCUUGUGUUGACUUUUAUAUAAGGCAAGAUCGACACUGUGGGCUUAUACUGGUAUAACUGUGUUACUCAGGAUGUGAAAAAUCCUUGCCUCUGAGUGAUACAGUUUUAUCAGCCUAACCCCCUGGAGAGACAGCACACAGGAGAAGCUGUUCCAUCAGCAUAGGAGGGUCUUCACUAAAGUGAUUUGUUCCAGCACUGUUUGUGAAAACAGCUCUAAGGAGAGAGGGUUGGAUGAGGUGAAGGUCUUUUUUUCUUAAAUGUGUAAUAUCUGCAUUUCAGUUUAAGGUAUUAGGCUGUACAAUCAAGACCAAAAUUGCCUGACUUUACCUACAAAUCAGCAAGGUAAACAAAUAAUUUGACUCUUAAUCAAGAUUAACUUACUGUAUUUUUUUAAAAGUGUAUUUGUAUACAAUUGGUGUGUUAGUUCUGUGUGUGCGUGUGUUUAUACACACACACACACAAACACACACUCCAAAGUUCAUUCUCUGACAAAAGACACCUUGCAAACAACUGCUGCAAUUAAUGAUAAAUGCCAGAGGUUCAUGCCUUUACCUUAAGUUAUGUCUUAAUUCUUUUUUUAAAAUGAAUUUUGUUUUUGUCAAGAAUCAAUAGAUUUCUGAAAUUUUUCAUUUUGGAGAGGGUGUUAAAUAAAAGAGAAUUUUAGUUUUUUCAUUCUGCCCCUCUAUAUUUUUCUCCUCAAAUUAUGAUCAAUAUAGCUCCCUUAAUAGGGCUACAGUAAGACUCAAAUGCUUUGGAACUAGCAUGUCUCUUGCCCUACUGCUAAGAAGAUGAGAGGGGAGGGAAGAUUCUUUUACUCUGAGCCAUCUAGGUCACCUGUGUAUGUAUCAUUUAGUUUUUGUGCAGUGAUCCUGGAUUUGGCUUUUUUAAUUAUUGAAUUCACCUUUUUUUAAGGAAAAAGAAACCUAAUCCUAACCAGAUUAUAAUCAAACAUGUAAUUAGAAGGCCUUUUCAAAACAUCACUCGUACAAAUAGUGUUGUAUAUUGAUGGAAUAAGUGUGUGGAAAGAAAGCAAUAUUGACUUUUAGCAGGCUACCAAUGUAGGGUUUUGUUGUGUUUUUCUAGAGUCAUGUGUACAAUGCCUGAAACUGUGAUCUGUAAUGAUAUUUACAGAUCUUAUUAACCACUUGUAAUUUACUGUUUUAUGUUGCAUGUUUGUCUAAUUCUGUAUUAAAUUAUAUAAACACUGUUAAUAAUAUAUUGAGACAUUAUAUUGUUUUUAACAAACCUCCUUACAAAAAUCUAAAUUUGAGACUUCCAAUAAGAAAAAUAAAUGCACUGGUUAUUCUGUGCUGACAUUCAAAUUAUUUUUAUAAUUAGAAUAUUUUUCUAAUAACAGUUUCAAAAUAAUAAUCUAGAUUUUCACUAUGAUUUUUUUUACCAUGUUGUCUUAUCAGUUUUAUAAUGCAUCUUGUUAUAAAUAGUAACUAACUUGGCUAUAUACUUUCAGAACUGAGCUAUUAGAAGCAAUCAAAGUGUAUUUCUUCAGUUCUGUAAUAUCCUGGGUUUUUUAAAAAUAACAUUUUACAACCCAAAUAUUGCUCUUCUGUUGAUCUAUUAUGGCCCAUGUUAUCUGGAAUUUGUGGCUAAAUGUUUGAUCUAUUUAGAACCCAAAUGAAUUUAUGAAAAUGUAACACAUACAAAUAUGGAGAUGCAAAUGUCAUAUUGAUACCUGACACUUUCUCUUUGGCCUUUUCUGAGCUGUUGGAUUAUGAUCCUUCUUACUAUUGUUGGGUCAGCCUAUAUUUGGAUAAAUUAGAGUUUUGCACACUUGUGUUGUAACCACUUACACAGCAUUGAGUAAUGACUUUAUCAGUAGACUUUUUAACAUAGAUUUUUUUAUUUGAAUCCAUGAAUCCAUUUUGACCAGUUACUAUUUCAUAUCACAUCUACACGGUGUUUUUAAAACCAGAGUAAUAAGUGCUAUGAUUAUGUUUUUUAAAUUUGGUGAAUCAAAAAUAUAUAAAGGAUACAUUUUAAAGUAUUUUCACAAAUGUUGCCAUAAAACAGAUGCUAUUGGAAAUAUUUUCAUAAACAACUGGAACAUGACUCAGUUCCCUUCCCAUUGAAGUCAAUGAGAAUUUUGCCAUUGACUUCAGUGGGAGUAUGAUGAGAGUUAAGGUAACUAGCAUACUGUACUUGUAAGUAUUUGCAAAUGUCAUCAGAAUAUUAGGAUUCUAAAUAUUUGUUGUGCCACAAUAUGUUCCUGUUUUUAAAGGAUGUAUUAAUAGUUCUCUAUUCAUUCCUCUUUAAUGAAGUAUAUUUUUCUACUUUUUUCAUACCCUUUUGACAUCUUUAAAAGCCAGGACAAAAUUUAUAGCAGCAGCUAUUUAAUUCUUAUUUAUAAAUAUGCAUUUAAAUAGCAAAAGGGUUUUCUUAGAACAUGAUUGCCCUUAUAACCACAUAUGUAUGAUUAGAAAUAGAGCAAAUCAUGUGCCAACUUCUUUCAGAUGCCUUAUAAUUUUUAGUCUAAACACAUAGAAACUACAACUAAAAUAAUAAAAUAAAUCUUACUGCUUCUGAUUACUUUUGUUGUAUACAUUUUAAAUAAACUUUCUGUGUAUUGUAUUUUAAACACAAUAUGUAAUGUAAUCUGAAGAUUCAAACAGCUACUCUUGUUUUUAUAUUACUCUUAAAUUAUAAAAUGCAGUAUAAGUAGACUUUUUGUGUGAUAAACUUGUGAAGAAAAUGAGUCAUGCAGAUUUGGGAAGAAUUGUGAAGAUACAUGGACUUUCUAGUUAGUGAGAUGAAAUAAUGAAAACAAAACCACCCCAGUUUCAUAGCUGUUGAAAUAUUGGAGGUUUCAGGAAUGAUUUUCAGCAAGGCUAGCUAAACAGAACAACUGUACCACAAUACUGCAACUUGGUGCUCUGAGUGCAGAUACCUCAAAUAUAAAAUCUGUGUGAUGUAAAAUGAACCUGAUAUUAUUCCAGAAAGUAUUUUAGGGCUCUUUUACUUAAACUAAGAGGCCUGUUUGCUUGUUUCCCCCCUCUGGAUUUACUAAUUUGAUUGUUUUAAUACUGUGUUGUUUUAUAUUGCCACUGUAACUUCAGAUUGACAUGAAUUUUGUCAAACUGAUUUAACUUGGACUUACAAAUGGCUUUAUGAAAUUAUUUCGUUUUCUUUAACAUGUUUUUGUCAUUCAUCAGUGAACCUCUUAAAGUAGUUCAUUGUGUGGAAGAUGGCUUCUUAUAGCAAUGAGAGAAAAAAAUGUUAACUAAGAGAAUUCGAUGGAUGGAUAACUUGUUCAAUAUCAUGGAUAUGAAACACGUUAUUAAAAAUAUCACUGCUUUGUA